AUGACGUCCGGCGGUAGCGGCAAGACCGCCUUCUUCACGAUGGAGGACGCCAAGGCGUCGUUCAACCUCUUCUGCUGCGUGUGCGGCAUCGGUUCGCUGGCCAUGCCGUCCAACUACGCGCGCGCCGGUCCGUACUUCGCGUCCAUCGCGCUGGCCUUCAUGAUCUUCGCCAACACGUACGCGACGCUCAAGCUGUCCAAGGUGAUGCUGGUGGCGCCGUCGUCCGUCAGGACGUACGGUGACCUGGGCGAGUGGGCGCUGGGCAAGUACGGUCGCUUCUUCACGGUCGUCUCGCAGAUGGGCGUGUGUCUGCUGGUGCCGUGCGCCUUCCUGGUGCUGGGCAGCACGCUGCUGGACGUGCUGUUCCCGGACUCGUUCAGCCAGAUCUUCUGGAUCAUCUUCAUGGCCAUCAUGGUCGUGCCCGUGUGCCUGAUCCCGACGCUCAAGGAGAGCGCCGGCAUGGCGUUCGCCGGCUGCAUGGGCACGGUGGUGGCCGACAUCAUCGCCGUCGUCGUUCUGCAGUGGAACAUGCGCGGCCACGGCUCGAUCCCGGAGCCCGACGUGACGGUGCACCAGGUGCUCACGUGUUUCGGUAACCUGGCGCUCGCCUACGGUGCCGCCAUCGUGGUGCCCGACCUGCAGCGCGAGCACUCGCAGCCGCAGCGCAUGCCCCGCGUCGUUGUGAUCACCAUCCUCUUCAUCUCGGGCUUCUUCCUGGCCAUCGCCCUCGCGGGUUACACCGCCGGCGGCUGCCAGCUGUCGGGCAACAUCCUGUACUCGAUCGUGAGCACGUCGGACCCGCUGGGCCUGGCCCCGCUGGGCUUCACGGCUGACCGCGGCGCCGUGGUGAUGGCGUACCUGUUCAUGCAGAUGCACAUUUCCAUCGCCUUCUCGACGCUCAUGAUGCCUCCGUUCUACAUGGCCGAGCGCCUCAUCCUCGGCAUGCACAAGGGCCCGGAGAUCGAGCGCUUCGACCCGGACCGCGACCAGGCCAACGUCGACCACGACAUGGAGAUCCAGGAGAAGCAGUCGUACCUGCUGAGCUCGACGCCCGUGGACGGCCGUCAGGUGUCUGCUGCCAGCCUCGUCGAGAAGUCCGAGGGCCGGAUGUCGCACCUGCGCGUGGCGCUCGAGUUCGGCGAGGAGAUCACGGAGGAGGAGCUCAACGUGCCGUACAAGAAGAACCCGCUGCACUACAUCGCGCUGCGCAUCGCCAUCAUCGCCAUCCUCGUGGUGAUCGCCGUGCUCGCCCGCAAGCGCUUCCUCGACCUGCAGGACUUCACGGGCGCCACGGCCCACACGACGAGCUGCCUGCUCAUGCCGCUGAUCAUCUACAUGCGCGUGUCGUGGCGGACCAUGUCCAUCUUCGACAAGGCGGCGUCCAUGAUCACGAUCGUGGUCUGCGCCUUCACGGGCUUCUACGUCAUGAUCCACGCCGGCGAGCACCUGUUCGCGCCCUCGGACGACGACACGCUCUUCCCGUACUGCGAGGAUGAGUUCAUGGACGCCCCCUACUACAUCCGCAACAACAGCACAAACUAAGUCGCAAAAGUCUAGCUGUGAACGAAAGCAGCAGUGUGGUCUCGUGGAGGCUUUAUACCAUAGCGUGGUUUUAUCUGUUCU